AUGUCUCAAACGGAGCGUACUUGGUCUUCGUUUAGUACUUCCCAUCUCAGUAUCAAUAUAAGAGCUAGACAUUACGAUGAGAAUUACGAAGAAUUAGAAAAAUUCAUAGAUAAAAUUAACGAAUCAGUUCCAGGAUUUAAUGAAAUACAAAUGCGAUACGACAAUAACUUAAAUUUAUUAGAUGAAUUUGACAAAAUCCAAUCGAUUCUAGAGUCUGAAUGUAAAGAGGAUGACUUAGAUGAACAAUUCAAUGAACGCGAUACAUUUCAAGAUAGAUAUUAUGCUGCUUUUGAUUUUUUGAAACAAUUUAUACAAACUUUACAACCACGUCUAGAUACAAGCGUUGAACAAAAUUCAAAUUCAGUUAACAACAUUUCGUCGAAUAAUUUUGAUCCUCUUCAGAAUGUUUUAUUACCAAAGUUAAAAUUACCUAGCUUUGAUGGAGAGUUUCGUCAUUGGCUUCAAUUUAAAACCAAUUUUAAAACUAUCAUAUGUGACAAUACAAAUUUGAAUGAGAAUCAAAAAUUUCAGUUUUUAAAGGCGUCUCUAGAAGGGUACGCUUCUCGAUUUAUUGAAGGUUUAGACAGUACAGACAAACCAUUUGAAAGAGCUUGGAACCUUUUAGGUGAAAGAUUUGAUAAAAAACAAUUCUUAAUCGAUAGCCAUUUCAAGUCUAUUCUAAGUGUGCAAAAUAUUGUUAGAGAAAAUUAUAUACAAUUCCGUAAGUUAUUAGAUGAAAUUUCUAAACAUUUAACAUCGCUAGAAGGCUUAGAGUUAACUAAAGAUAUUUUAUACGACUCCUUUAUUAUUUAUAUUGUGGCCAAUAAAUUGGACAAAAAUACGAUUCGUGACUGGAAAGAAAUGAAAUAUCAUUCUGAAUUACCAACUUUGGACGAAUUUAUGAAUUUCUUGACAUUUUCUGACAUUUUACAAUGUUUGGACGAGUCUCAACAAUCAACUAAAUCCAUAGGCAAUUUAAGUAAGAAUAAGAACAAUCCAGUACAUAUGCUUUUAUCAACAAAUAAAUCAUUGUCCUGUAAUUAUUGUAAACAAGCUCAUACAAUUGAUAAGUGUCCUCGGUUUUUAGCUUUAAAUGUUGAUACAAGAAUUCAUAAAAUUAAAAAUUUGCACUUAUGCGAAAAUUGUUUACUUGCAGGUCAUGAUAAACAAAAUUGUAAACACGGCAAAUGUACAAUAUGCAAAAGGAAGCACAAUACACUGCUUCACAAACAAUAUAAUGUAGUACCCCCGGCAAAUAAUCCUUCUAAUGAACCAACAACUUCGAUGAAUGUAGUUGUAAACCACAAUAAUUCAAACACGAUUUUAAAAGCGGAAACUUUCGCCAAUUCACUGUUAUCUACCGUCUCAUGUCAAAUUAAAGAUAACCAAGGCAAUUUUCAUCAAAUAAGAGCACUGCUGGAUUGUGGAGCUCAAUCCAAUAUAAUAACUGAAAGGCUAUGUAGUUUACUAAAUAUACCAUUGUUACCUACCAAUGUCUCAAUUUCUGGAAUAGGUAAAUCUGUAUCUUAUAUAAAUAAAAAAUGUUCUAUUUCUCUUUAUUCUUGCGUUAAUGAUCAUGAAUAUACAAUUUCAUGUUUAGUCGUCCCUGUAAUAACUGGUAAUAUUCCAUUUGCUUAUUUUAAUCCUAGUACAUCAAAGAUACCGGAACAUGUUCAAUUAUCUGAGCCCAGUUUUGAAUAUCCACAAGAAGUCGAUUUAUUGUUGGGCGCCAAUAUAUUUUGGGAUUUGUUAUUAAACGAAAAAAUAAAAUUGGGAAAUAAUAUGUUAGUUAACACUGUAUUUGGAUGGAUAGUAACAGGUGCGCUUCCAAUUGAUAAUAAUAAAACAAUCAUGUGUAACCUUUCAAGUCAUAUUCCUGAAGAUGACCAGUUAAAGAAAUUCUGGGAAAUUGAAGAAAUAAAAGGUAGUAAUCAAUUUUUAUCUCAAGACGAUAUUGUGUGUGAGUCUUUAUUUAACGAAAAUACUUUCCGCAUAGAAAACGGUCAGUUUGUAGUAAAAUUCCCGUUAAAACAAUCCCCAGAACUAUUGGGCAGGUCUAAACCCGAAGCAAUUAGAAGAUUUAAGACAUUAGAAAAACGGUUCGCGGAUGUUCAAUUUAAACAAUUAUAUACCGAUUUUAUUCAAGAAUAUGAAACUUUAGGUCAUAUGACUAAAUUAACUAUUGAACCCGAUGGAAUUAAAUACUUUUUACCACAUCAUGGUAUUUUAAAAGAAAUGAGUACGACAACUCGUUUACGCGUAGUUUUUGAUGGAAGCUGUAAGACGUCUACAGGGUGGUCGCUUAACGAUCUACAAUAUAUCGGCCCUAAAGUUCAGAAUGACAUUAUAAACAUUCUUUUACGAUUCAGAACAUAUAAAUUCGUGGUUUCCGCUGACAUAUCAAAAAUGUAUCGUCAAAUUCUCAUAGAUCGAGAGCAUAGACCUUUACAACAGAUACUAUGGCGUGAUAACCCCAAAAGUAACUUUUGCACUUAUCACUUGAAUACAGUUAGAUAUGGAACUCGAUCAGCUCCAUAUCUGGCUAUUAAGUGUAUUAAGACGCUAGCGGAACACAAUAUGAAUCAAUACCCCAAAGCCUGUGAAACAAUACUAAAGGACAUGUACGUGGACGAUUUGUUGACCGGUUCUAACGAUUUAAUAGAAUUACAAAAAUUAUGCAAAGACAUAUAUGAUGUCUUAUCAUCCGCUAAUUUCAUUUUAAGAAAGUGGAUUUCUAAUAAUUUUCAAGUAGUUUGUGACUUCAAAGAUAACAAUAUCUCAAAUGCAAUUUUAGAUAUAGGUGAUAAAGAAAGUUGUAAAACUUUGGGAAUCCAAUGGGACAAUAAAAAUGACAUUCUAAAAUAUACAAUUAAACAAUUUACCCAUCAAAACACAAUUACUAAACGUCACAUUCUUUCAAUUAUUGCUCAAAUUUACGAUCCUUUGGGGUUAUUGAGCCCUUCAAUAGUUAUUGCAAAAUUAAUAAUACAGAAAUUAUGGUCCCUACACAUUAGAUGGGAUGAGCCUAUUCCACAAGAUAUAGAACAAACUUGGUAUCGAUUUCAGAAUGAACUUAGCAGUUUAAAUCAAUUAUCUAUUCCUAGAAAUGCUAUUUAUUUAAACUAUGUACUUACAGAUGUCCAUUGCUUCUGCGAUGCAUCGAGAGAUGCAUAUUCAUGUUGCAUAUACUUACGUAGUGUUGACGAUAGCGGAAAUUAUAACGUUCAAUUACUAUGUGCCAAAACCAAAGUGUCGCCACUGAAGACAAUAACAAUUCCAAAACUUGAAUUGUGUACUUGUCUUCUAGGAGCACAACUAGUAAAUACUGUAGUCAAUGCCCUCAAUUUAAAAAAUAUUCAUUAUUGUUUGUGGUCCGAUUCUCAAGUCGCCCUAUGUUGGAUUAACACGGAACCCAAUUUAUUACAGACCUUUGUUGCUAAUCGCGUAUCUAAAAUACAAUCUCUCACGAACAUUGAAAAUUGGAGGUAUGUUAGUACUAAGGAAAACCCUGCAGAUUUAGCAUCUCGAGGUAUAAUGCCUAAAAUGCUGAUGUCAAGUGCAAUUUGGUGGAAAGGACCUCAAUUUUUAUUGUUACAAUCAUCAGAUUGGCCAAUUACUAAUUUUUCAAUUUCUAAACACGAUCUCCCAGAACUAAGAAAAUCUAAAACUAUUUUGGUCAUAUCAUAA